AUGAGUGUCCCUUCGUCAAUUCCACGCAUUCUUGACAGCGAUAGUGACAGUGAGGAUGAUGUUCCAUUGUCCUCCUUACGUAGUGCGAAAGCUCCAGUACUAAAAGAAGAAAUAAAGACGGAAAUGUCGAGCCACAAUGUGAAAAAGAACAAACGAGAGACGAGAAGUGAGAGCGAAAGUGACGAUGAGAUUCCUAUCAGUGGCCUGGCGAACCGGAAUAAAAAGUUGAAGAUUGAGACAAAUGUCAAGAGGGAAGAGGUGACGAUGAAUAACCCUCGGUCGACAUUAAAGAGCACACCACGUAAGGUGAAGAAGAGAAUAAUAAAGAUAAAGAUUCGACAACAAGAGAAUUGCUAA